UGGCUGCUUUCAAAUCCAUGAGUCCCCUGUCGAGUUGCUCUGAAAGCAUGGAACAAAGGGACCCAGCUCUAAAGCCAGUGCCGGACAGAGAGAGGGUGAGGCUGGCAGCUCGCAGUACCUGCUGUAAGGUAACCAUCGCAGCUGUACUCGUGGGUGGCUUUGCUCUUCUUUCCCUGGGCAUUCUAAUGGCGCGCGGCUCCGCACAGGGGCUCAGCUUCGAGCACACGGCGGAGCUGCGAGGGAUCGCGUAUGACCGCAGCUUGCAACGGAGGAACUCGGAUUACUCCCAGACGCUGACCCCCGCUCUGGAAAGGCUGUUUCUUACCAGCUUCCGAGGCUCGCCGCUGGAAGGGAGCUGCCUCGGCUGUGCCAUCCUGGAGUACAGUGGCUUCUGCGGGUCCCGCCUGCGUUUCAGCCCCUCUGCUGCCUGGUCUCUGAGCCCCAGUGUGGAGGAAGAGGCCCUCAGACACGGGCUGGCUGCAGCACUGAGGGAGCAGGGCAUCCCCCUGGCCAGCUAUGGGACCAUCGCCUCGGCCUCUCUCACAGGGCCCAGCAGGCCAGCUCCCUACGGACUCGAAUUGAAAUCAGGUACGAGCUCUCCCUGCCUCGGUGCCAGGCCAGCCCCCUCCCCAGCAGACCCCCGCAGGUGCCCAGGGAACGUGUUUGUCUGUCACAACAAUCCGGAGUGCGAUGGCCAAGCCGACUGCGCCGAUGGCUCCGACGAGGCAGACUGCGGUAGGACCAGGCUGGACUAUCUGAGAGCCGACCUGGGCACCACGUCCCUGAGCGGCGCCGACGGCAGCGCGCUGAGCGUCAGCAUCAAGCAGGUGGUGCAGCACCCCUCCUACAACCCGCUGCUGCUGGACUUCGACGUGGCCGUGCUGGAGCUGGCCCCCCCCCUGCGCUUCAGCAAGUACAUCCAGCCCGUGUGCCUGCCCCUGGCCGUGCAGAAGUUCCCCGUGGGCAAGAAGUGCAUGAUUUCCGGCUGGGGGAGCGUCCGGGAAGGCAACAUCAGCAAGCCCGCGAGCCUGCAGAAAGCCUCCGUCGGCAUCAUCGACCAGAAGACCUGCAACGUUCUCUACAACUUCUCCCUCACCGAGCGGAUGAUCUGCGCUGGCUUCCUGGAGGGCAGGGUUGACUCGUGCCAGAAAGCCUCCGUCGGCAUCAUCGACCAGAAGACCUGCAACGUUCUCUACAACUUCUCCCUCACCGAGCGGAUGAUCUGCGCUGGCUUCCUGGAGGGCAGGGUUGACUCGUGCCAGGCUGCUACGUCAGCAGACUGCCCCGGGUCAGAGCCCCCAGCCCCGUCGGGUCCUAGGCAGAGAACCUGGAGAGCCAGUCACAGGGCACCAUCACGGAAACCAGGGCACAGGGCACAGGGCAGGGGCUGGGCCCGGCCCGAGCACCUGCAGGCCUCCUCCCAAGGGCCCUCCUGCUCUCUCCCAUCCCACAGCUACAGCGACCCCAAGAUGUGGGUGGCGGUUCUGGGGACGCCCUUCCUGAGCGGCAUGGAUGGGAGGGCCGAAAAAAUCUUCCACAUCCACAAGCACCCGUUCUACAACGUCUACACGCUGGACUACGACGUGGCGCUGCUGGAGCUGGCCACGGCCGUGCGGCUCACCAGCACCAUCCGGCCCAUCUGCCUCCCAGACAACUCCCACGUCUUCAGGGAAGGGGCCCGGUGCGUCAUCACCGGCUGGGGGGCCACCAAGGAAGGAGGCCUCAUGUCCAAGCACCUGCAAAAGGCAGCCGUGAGCGUCAUGGGCGAGCAGGCCUGCAGGAAGUUCUACCCCAUCCAGAUCAGCAGCCGGAUGGUGUGCGCCGGCUUCCCGCAGGGCACCAUUGACAGCUGCUCGGGCGAUGCAGGGGGCCCCUUGGCCUGCAGGGAAGCCUCAGGACGAUGGUUUCUGGCUGGAAUCACAAGCUGGGGCUAUGGCUGCGCAAGGCCUUUCUUCCCCGGCGUCUACACCAAGGUCACGGCCGUGCGGGGCUGGAUCGGGCAGAGCCUCAAGCUGUGACGCUGCCUUUUGCACUCAGGGAAGGGGAGAGGAGCGGGCAGCCGGAGCGCUCCUUCCUCAGACCCAAACGCCCGGGGCA